ACGUGGCAAAAGCAAAACCGGAGCCGAGACUUCUCGCGGCCCUCCGAAAUCUCUCAGCCACCACAAUUUCAGGGUUCUUUGGCUGAUUAUCGUCUCUAUCUUCCCGCUCCGAUCACUCUCUGAUUUCAGAUUUCACAACCGAUUCGACGGCGACCCGAGCUCUACUCUUUUUUCUCUCUCGUUGGAGCGCUUCGAGCUUGGGCGCUCCCAGCUCUCUUUGAAACGUGUGAAUUUCCGCGUCUGGAAAACGCGACAAAAAAAAAGACGGCAGUGUUGUGGUUUAGUGUGUAUCAGGUCGUGCAGGGCCUAAGUUUUAGGUAUGGGAAUGGGAGCGAGCUCUGGCUCGGACAAGGACUCCAAUGGAUGGGGCGGCAGAGCACAGGGAUUGGCCGUCAAGACGCUUGUUCUCAUCGGGGGUGCGCUCCUGGUGAAACGGUUUACUAAAUCCACUACUCGUUGGGAUCAUGCUCGCCUCGUCUCGGAAUCGCUCACCGGCGAAAAGUUCUCCAGAGAGCAAGCAUCCAGAGAUCCUGAUAAUUACUUCAACAUUAGGAUGCUUAUGUGCCCUGCUGCUGAGAUGGUGGAUGGUUCAAAGGUUUUGUACUUUGAGCAGGCAUUCUGGCGAACUCCUCAAAAACCCUUUCGGCAGAGGUUCUACAUGGUGAAGCCUUGUCCAAAGGAGUUAAAAUGUGAUGUGGAGGUAGUACCAACCUUUGUCAAAUUUCUCCCCAUAUUGAAUUUUAGAGUUGCUACUCAAAACAGCAUAGUGAGUACAUAUGCAAUUAGAGAUGCAGAAGAGUACAAAAAUUUCUGUGAUCGGCCAAAGGACCAACGCCCACAUCCUGAAGAAGUCAUUGGUGAUAUUGCAGAGCACCUAACCACAAUAUAUCUAAAUCGUUGUGACCGUAGAAAACGUUGCCUUUAUGAAGGUUCCACUCCACCAGAAGGAUUCCCUAAUUCAUGGAAUGGUGCUUCCUAUUGUACCUCAGAACUAGCUGUACUGAAGAACAGCGAAGUGCAUAUGUGGGACAGGGGCUACGAUGACGAUGGAAAUCAGGUAUGGGGAGUGAGGGAAGGUGCUUAUGAAUUCAAGACUGCACCAGCUUCUAGUAAUCUCAAUGGCAUUUUCUCUUCUUUAAACUUUCCUCCUGCUCAGUCAUUUGCCAAAAAGAUAGAGGGCUCGUUUGUCUUGGAAGACUGAUCACAUUCACCAUGUAAUAACCAGGACAAUACGAUAGUGCUGUAUAGAUAGCAUUGUUAAUUCGUGAUUAUAAAAGGCUUGCCGCAUUUCGGCUUUUGCAGGAGUUCCAAUCGGGCUAGCCGAGAACUUACUGAAACCAAAUUAGAAGAAGACUGAAAGUAUGAAAUUGAAGGGAAAGAAUCAGCAGGAUGUGGUUGGAUUCUUCAGCCUUGGAAAGUGUUGUUGAGGUAUGCAAGGGCGACUACUCCAACCACAACAGCAAUCGGCAAAGCUUGCCUGCGAAAAUAGCGAAAGGAAAAUGUCUGAAGAUGAGAUUUGAAGAAGUGAUUUGCCCUUUCUUCUUGGAAUUAGUGCUACAAGGAUAUGGUUUAGGUUAUGAGGAAAUUGACCAACCCUCAAAUAAUUCUGGAGUUCUCUAAUCACAUCCUCCCCUACAAUUUCUCAUUUCUUCUGAAAAAAUAACACGGGCAUACUGUGAGCUCCUGAGCUUUUGUAGGCCUCAUUCUUUUCAAUGCUUUCUAUAUUUCCUUUUCUAAAAUUGAAUGUAAAAAUGUUUUUAUUAAUUUUUUAGUUUACUUUGCAUUAUACAGCCUCCGGAAUUUUAUUUUUAAUCACAUUGUUACCUGCGGUAAAUAGGGACUUUAGAUAGGAC